CCGCAACCUUCGAGGCGACUGGCCCACCCUUCUCCCACCUCAUCAUGCGUACCCGACCCUGUCGCUGCUGAACGAACUGCUGUGCCCUGCAUUGUCGCCUCCUCCCUCUUCACAUCGAGUGCGACUCAUGCUAUCGCAGAAAUUCCCUACGUCACGCUUGAUAAUCCCCUCUGCCAUACCACUGACACCCUUCCUACAACCAUUGGCGCUUCUUCAACUGUGCAUUCCUUCUUUCUAACGGCUGGGUUUCAGGAUCGACAGCUAAAUCGGGCUUUUUGAAUCAUGGGCAAAGACAGCGAUGUCCCGCAGCCCGGCCCCGCACGCCUCUCCAAGGGAGCGGGGCCUGAUGAAUGGCUGGAGCAAGCAAAGCAGUGCAAAUACCUGCCAGAGGCGGACAUGAAGCGUCUGUGCGAAAUUGUAAAAGAGUGUUUGAUGGAAGAAUCCAACAUCCAACCAGUCCGGACGCCCGUAACUGUCUGUGGCGACAUCCAUGGCCAGUUCUAUGACCUUCUCGAGCUCUUCCGUGUCGCUGGUGGAAUGCCCAACGAUACUCCAGUGGCCCCCACUGUACCCACAAAAACUAUCAGCGCUGCAGACAUUGAGCCCCCGACCACUAUCACAGAUCCAAAGGCAAAGCGGAAGAUGAAGAGAAGAUUCCAAGCUGAUAGCAACUACACCGGGCCAGCCAGCCCGAAUGAAGGAGAAGGCGAUGAGGAAGAAGACGAGGAGGAACCAAGAGGCCGGAGCAGAAGCAUAACUGGAAGACGAAGUACCGAGGACGAGUCGGAGGCUGGGUCGAGGAGAAACAUGUCCGGCUCCAGCGGCAACGGCCAGCAGAACUACAUCUUCCUCGGAGAUUUCGUAGAUCGAGGCUACUUCAGCUUAGAGACCUUCACGCUACUAAUGUGCUUAAAGGCCAAAUACCCCGACCGAGUCACGCUUGUCCGCGGCAAUCACGAGUCUCGUCAGAUCACCCAGGUCUACGGGUUCUAUGAAGAAUGUCAGACCAAGUAUGGAAAUGCGUCAGUCUGGAAAGCAUGCUGCCAAGUCUUUGACUUCCUCGCUUUGGCUGCCAUCGUAGAUGGCAAGGUGUUGUGCGUGCACGGUGGACUGAGUCCUGAGAUUAGGACUCUGGACCAAAUCCGUGUAGUUGCUAGAGCCCAAGAGAUACCCCAUGAGGGCGCAUUUUGUGACCUGGUUUGGAGUGACCCUGAGGAUGUUGAUACCUGGGCCGUGUCCCCUCGAGGCGCUGGUUGGCUCUUUGGGGACAAAGUAUCUUCAGAGUUUAACCAUGUAAAUGGGCUACAACUCAUUGCUCGCGCGCAUCAGCUAGUCAAUGAAGGCUACAAGUAUCACUUCAAAAAUCAUGAUGUCGUCACCGUUUGGUCUGCGCCUAACUAUUGCUAUCGCUGCGGCAACGUAGCCUCGAUCAUGAAUCUGAACGAAACCCUGAAGCCUGAGUUCCAAAUUUUUAGCGCCGUGCCGGACCACCGACGAGCUGUCCCCGCAGGAAGAGGGACGCGUGGUGAAUACUUCCUCUAAUACUUUCCAUAGUGUGUGCGUUUGCGCAAAGGCGAUGUCUUGAAUGUCACGCAGGAAGGAUAGACGGCGGGGUAGAGCCUUUUUGGUGGCAAUAUUGGAAGCAGCAUUUCACCGUUUCACCAUUUCACAGAGGAUACGUUGCAUGCAAAUAUUCUUGCAUCUCAUGAGUGAGGAGAAUACCCGGCGGAAUGGAUAAAUGGAUGGAGGCAUGGAAUUCAUGAUACUUGUAUAAUAACUUCAUGAUCCGAACUUGUACGAUUAUUG